AUGUUCGUGCUCAGCCAGACAUCAUUCAAAAUGCGGUUGGUGACUAUCGUUGCGAUGGCAAUCACGGUGGCGUUGUCGAUGUUGGUGCAUUGCUACGAAGGCGCCAAUCUUCGGGGCUUCGCCCUUCCUGAGGAGGAUGAAGAGUUCAGGCACAGGCCUCUGUACCGGGACUACAGUUUGAUCAGGAGGGCAGCUCGGGCUGAUGACGCCUUUGAUGACUAUGGCCAUCUUCGAUUCGGUCGGUCUGACGACUGACCCAAGCGUACUUCUCAUAAACGACAUCUGCCCUCACAGCACAGAGAUCGAUCCUCAGACAAAUCAUGUAUCUAAUUUUAUUCUCAAAUGUUAAUUAGCGGAUAAUGCUUCCUACUAAUUAAUAAAUAAUUAAAGAAUUUAGAAUUGUAGAUAAUAUAUUUUUCUGAUAUUAAAUCUAUGGUCUAUGUAAGGUUAUCGUAAAAUUAAAUUAUUCUGUUCUAAUGUUGAUGUUAAUUUCUUUCGAAGUCCUGUGAAAUAUUAUUGGCUGGUUAAAUAUUUCACGGUGACUUAUAAUAUUAUAGCAUAAAAUGAGAAUGAAUUUUUUU